AUGACGGGGAAGCGUGAUGGCUUCCUCUCCUAUAAGCCUCUUUCUAGUGGCAUAAAACUUGCAGAUGGAUCCCUAUAUAGUGAUGGGAGAAAGGCUUCACUCAAGGUGAUAGGUGGAAAUGCUAACCGAACACGUCCAAAAAGUCUCGUAACGAGGCUAAAGCCAGUUGCCGGUCGAAUAAAAUCAGAUACAUGUAAAGAAAGAAAUUCUAUGUCCCGACCCGGGGCGAAUUUCCGCUUCAAACAGGGAAGUCGACUCUGGUCUGACUUCUUUCUGAAUUUCUUUCGUCAUAGACUUCUGUCAAAAGUGAAGGGGAUAGAUUAG